CAACAACUGAGCCAACAAGAAGGAGCACAACUGUAAGCACGACCCUGAGGACCACAAUUCCCUGGACAUCUACAACUCAAGGAUACUGCCAAGAAUACCUCGAUGGGGCAGCCGGACUUACGAACAAGUUUAUUACUGGCGGUUCCCUUCAGAGAGACAACACGACAGGGUUCUUGACAAUCAGGAACUUACCUGUUGACAUUCAGGCCACUGAACUUCCCAGACUGUACAAUACAUUUUCCAGUCGCACAAUCAUCCGAGGAAUCAGCAUUCAGUUACAAUCACCGACAUUCCCACAGUCAAGUUCAGACAACAAGCUGGAUGUGUCUCUGAUUUUGUCCACGAAGAAGGCCAGGGAUGAGGACUUUGUUGCUGUGAAAAAUCCUGCCACUGAUGAGGCAAAGCAGGUUUUCACGGUUGCAGUCAAUGACAAACGCAGCACACUGAUCAAUCUACCAAGUGACAGUGAAGCUCUGGAGGGUGUUACAGAAUUACUAAUAGAGAUCAAACAAGUCAGCGAUGUUGAAUCUGUCACCCUUGAAUUACAUGUUUAUGGGUGCAUUGAAGCUAAAACAACAACAAAGGUAAUGACUUCAAGUACUAUGGUAUCAUCACCAUCUACAACAACCGAAGAAGUUACAACAGCUACAGAGUCAACAACUGCCACAAGAAGAACAAAAGAAGAGAUCACCACCUCCAAAAAGACAACACCUCACACAUCUUCAACACAAGAAGCUGGAACAGGGGAGAUUGUGACAACAACUACAUCAGUUACCACGCCAACAUCAACAUCAGAAGAAUCAACAUCAAGCGUUGUCAUAACUUCUCCAGAACAUGUAACAACAAUUCAGACAACAGUACUGACUACAACUGCAAGUGUGUCCAAAGCAACUGAAGGCAAAGAAAUUUCAGCAACCCAAACACUGAGACCAACAACUAGCAUGAUACCACCAUCAGAGCAGCCACAGAUUUCCACCACUACUCCUGAGGUCAAGACAACAACACCAGGUGAAUGCAGUGAGGAUGUAAACAAAAUCAGCAACCUUGAAGUUGAGUGGCUGACAUCCAGCGGUGAAAUUAUAAAUUCAGAAUCAAACUGGGAAAUCGAUUCCCUACCUGAAAAACGUCCGAUCUCAGCAGAGGAUGCAAACGACUUACAGUCUUUGGAAGUUAAAUUCUCCUCGUCUGUCCGGCUAAUGAGCAUUGCAGUUAGCGAUCAAAAGGACAAAAAGUCAAACAUCGACUUUGCCUUGAAAGUGAAAGCCACCCCAGCCUCAGUUGCAGAAUUUCUGCUGGAUGGUGAAAAUCUGCAGAUCUUUACUGCUCAAAGUACCAAUAAACUUGACCUGCCAGAAUUGCCAGGAGUAAGAAAAAUCGAAAUAGUGCCCAUCAAAAUCAACAGCAGCAGAAACGGUGGAUACAGCCUUCAAGUUGAACUGUACGGAUGUGCCGAAAUAGUGACAACAACUGUAACUGCGAUAACAUCAACAACGCCCUCAAUAACGGAGGAAGCAAUUAAAAUUACAACAGUUACUGCAACACCUACAGAAACAACCACUAAACAGACAACAAUUACCCAGGCAAAAAGUACAACAGAGCUUGGAAGUUCCACUUUGCUAGCAAGUACAACAUUGCCAACCACAGCUCCACUUGUAAGUACAACUGCACAUCUGACAACAUUGCCAACAUCGGAAUCUCGGCAUACUACAGGAAUGAGUACAGUAUUCCAAGCUACUCCACUUGCAGUGACUAGCACACUGUUGAGUACAUUACCAACUACUCAACUUCCAAACACCAUCACGACUGUAGCAUUGCCAACGACUACUCCACUUCCAAGUAAAAGACUGAGUACAAUAUUGACAACAUCUACUGUACUUCCAAGUACAAGGAUGAGUACCACACUGCCAACGACUACUCCACUUGCAAGUACAAGGAUGAGUACGACACUGCCAACGACUACUCCACUUGCAAGUACAAGGAUGAGUACAACACUGCCAAUGACUACUCCACUUGCAAGUACAAGGAUGAGUACCAUACUGCCAACAACUACUCCACUUGCAAGUACAAGGAUGAGUACGACACUGCCAACGACUACUCCACUUGCAAGUACAAGGAUGAGUACGACACUUCCAACGACUACUCCACUUGCAAGUACAAGGAUGAGUACAACACUGCCAAUGACUACUCCACUUGCAAGUACAAGGAUGAGUACGACACUGCCAACAACUACUCCACUUGCAAGUACAAGGAUGAGUACAACGACUACUCCACUUCCAAGUACAAGACUGAGUACAACAUUGCCAACGUCUACUGUACUUCCAAGUACAAGAGUGAGUACAACAUUGCCCAUAACUACUCCACUUGCAAGUACAAGACAGAUUACAACAAUGGCAACCACUCCAAUUGAAAGUGCAAGGACAAGUACUGCAGUUCUAACAACUACUCCACUUGCAAGUACAAGAAGCAGCAUAACAUUGCCGACAACUCACACUCAUAUUCCAAGUCUGGGGAAGAGUACAACAAUCCCAACAACCAUCCCACUUGUUACCAGAAGAAUCACUAGGACACUACCAACAACCAGUCCAGUGGCAAGUACAACAGUUAGUACACCACCACCAAUUACUACUCAACUACCAAGAACAUCAGAGAGUACAGCAUGGCCAACAUCGAGGAUGGUAACAACAUUUCCAGUGACAACUCACCUCAGGAGCACAGCUUCAAAACCUUUACAGCCUGUUCCAGGUCAAGGUGGUGGCAGCGGCCAAAUUUCUCCAGGAUCUCCCCCUACACAACGCAAUGAGUUUGCAUUCUCAGUUGAACCAACUACUUUGGCAAUGGAUGCAGCACCACCAACAAGUCUUAUUGCUACUGCAACUGCAUUGUUGAAAACAGCAUUGCCACAAACUACUUCACUUGCAAGUACAAUAAAGAGUUCAGUUCUUCCAACACCAAGCAUAACAACUGCAUUAAAACCACUACAGCCUCUUCCGGGUGAAGGAACAGGUAAUGGUGAAAUAUCUCAAGGAACUCCCUCCACACAAAAAAAUGAAUUUGCAUUCUCAGCUAAACCAAAGACCUCCAGUGUGAGUUCAACACUGGCAACAACAUCUUCACUUCCAGUGACAACUUUGCUGUUGAGAACAGCACUUCUAACAGGUCCAGUAUCCUCAACAACACCUCCUCGACGUCCUACAACAACUCCACACACAAGUGCAAUGGCUAUAAGAACAACACUUUUCAAAAGCACUUCAUUACAACCAUUUCAGCCUGUGCCUAGUCAAGGUGUAGGUAAUGGCCAAAUUUUUCCAGGAUCUCUCUCUACACAACGUAAUGAGUUUGCAUUCUCAGCUAAUCCAGCCACUUCAAUAAUGGGUGCAACAUCAGCGACUACUCUACUUUCAACGACAGCUGCACUUUUGAAAACAGCAUUGCCCACAGCUACUCCAGUUGCAAGUGCAAGGAUAAGUACUCUGUCAUUGACUACUCCACUUGCUGUGGCAACCACACUGUUGAAAACAACUUUGGCGACAGUUCGUCCACCCACAAGUACAAGAAGUAGUACAACAUUGCCAGCAACUACGCAACAACUUUCAAGUACAAGACAGAGUGCAACACCAACAACACCAUUAGCAACCACUCCUCUCAGAAGUAUCACUUCAGGACAUCAACAGCCUGUUACAGGUCAAGGUGGAGGCAGUGGCCAGAUAUCUCAAGAAACUCCUUCUACAUCGCGUAAUGAGUUUCUGUUCUCAGCUAAUCCAACUACUUUGAGAAUGGCAUCAUCGACAACAUUACCUGAAAUAGCAAGCUCUCUGCUGAAAACUGCACUGCCAGCAACACACCUUCCAACCACGGCAACCAUAGCUCCAGGAACAACGAUAACAACAACAACAACUUUCCCAUCUGCAACUGAGAAAGUCACUACCGUCAAAGAAGUUACAGUUACUCCAUCAUCUACCACAACAACAAUAAUAACCACUCAAGUUCCUCUGGAAGAAAGCACAGGGAGUGCAACAACGGAGGCCUCGACAACUACAACAUUAAAUACAGUGCCUUCAGGUGGUGGCCCUGUAGUUGUUGCACCACCAGGUCAUGGUCCCGGAGGAUCAAUUGGCAUCCAACCCGUCACAUCAAAUGAAGGAUCUUUUGUUUUCACAGGAACAACAACUCAGGCUUCCAAUCUAACAGCAUCAACAGAACAGGCUACAGGCAGUGGUCCUGUUGUUGUCGCACCACCAGGGGGUAGCUCUGGCGGAGUUAUUGGCACCCAACCAGUCACAUCAAAUGAGGGAUCUUUUGUUUUCACAGGCCCAUCUACAACAGAAGGUCCCAUUGGAGGCAGACCCAUCACAGUACCAGGAGCAGGAGGAAGUAUAAAUGGAUCCAUAGGAACAGUACCUGGUACAACAACUGAAACAUCUUUCCGUUUGACAGGUCAGACAACAUCAGCUCCAUCAGUGACAAUAACAUAUCCUACUGGACCUGGACCGGCAAGUUUAUUGCCACCAGGAGGAGUUUAUAAUGGUUCCAUCGGUGUUCAACCUGGCAAAACUGAUGAGACAUCAUUCAUAUUUACAGAACAAACACAAUUAUCCCCGACUUCAACUGUGACCAAAACUGUCAUCACAUCACCAACUGAAGUGGUAACAAAAGAAAUUACAGUAUCAUCCAUCUCCUCUGGCUCAACAACAGAAAAUUACUGCAUUGAAGGGACUACAGGGACAGAAAAAGAACGUUUUACUUCUCCAGAUGGAAUGUAUGGGCAAGGUUAUAUUGACAGUGAUGUAGCAUGGUCUCUCACAGCUCCAAAAUCAACUGCAAAUCGUGAGGCCAGGCCAAAACUAACCGUUGUCUUUGAAGAUCCUGUCCGACUUGUUGGUGUUGACCUUCAAGGAAACCCAGAUGAAAACAUAAAGUUGAUGUAUGCAAUUGCAAUCCAAACUGAAGAGAAUGGGGACUUUGACAAGUUUGUUGGUCGUUUGACAAACAUCAUUGAUUUGCAAGGAGAUAGCAUAGAACACAUAUCUUUUGAUAGCUCUGACAUCUCAAGUGGGGUCCGACAAGCUCGCCUGGAAGUAAGAGCUAUCUUUGGCAAAGCCACAGAAGAAAAUUUAAGAGUAGCUUUCCACAGCUGCAGGGAGGAAUCGAUUUCAACUGAAGUAACAACAACGGUUGCAAAGACGACUACAGUUCCGACCUUAACAACAACUCCUUCAUCGACAUCUGAGGAGACAACAACUGUCACUGUCAGUAUAUCCUCAACAUCAACCAAGACUAUAACAGAAACAUCAACCAAGAUGACCAGCUUUGGUCCCUCUACUACAAAAGGAGAUUGCAUGGACCUUCUACUGGAUCGUGAAGCUAACCGCAUAGCAUCUCCUUCCAAUCAGCAAGUGGCAUUGUCAACAUUCAGCAGGGAUGAAAAAUACUCAUUCAGUGCAGCACAAGCAGAAAUAUACUUGCUCUUCAACUCAGUGUUGCGCAUUACUGCCAUUGACCUGUUCACCGAAGGGGUGAAGAAUUUUGCUGUUUUUGCUGGAUCCUCCUUCUCUGAUCUCAAACCAAUUACAGAUGCCAAUGGUCAACAGCAGGAAUUCACGAUAGACAAGUCUUCUGAAUUCACCAGAAUCACAUUGCCAGAUGUCCAGGAGUUACAGAAUGUUAGAGCCAUGAAGCUACAAUUCUUUAGAUCCUUGGACUCUGUUGAAACCGCAACUCUGAAAACAGAACUUGUUGGUUGCGUAAAAGAACUUCCAUCAGAAAAGGAACUUCUCACAACACUGGAAGUGACAGUCGAAGCACCUCUCACCACAGAAGCAACAACAACAGAAAAGAAGGAAACAAAAUCAGUUACCACUACAGCAGAGGAGGUCAUCACAGACGUAUCUACUACAACAAAAACUACUUUGAAUCCUGAAGGAACAAGCACUCAACAACCACAAGCAGGUGUUCCAUCAGCAUCAACAUCCAAAACUUCAAGCGUCAAAACCACUGUCCCAACUACUCCUGGCAGCAUGGAAACAACCAAGGAAGAAACUACAACUACAGCAGUAGCCACAACUGAGACUGAAACCACAACCAAAACUACAUCAACAGCCAAAAUAACACAGUUGGCCACUCUCAUUCCAAAAGAAAACUGCAAUGACGUCCUAACACCAUUCAUGAGCCAGAGUUCAAUGGCAGAUGGUCCAGUGCCCUCACAGCGCAGGUUUGUUGUUCCAUUCACAACUCCAGUAACAAUAACGGAGUUGACCUUGCAGGGAGACACACAGGGCAAUGCAAUUAUGAGCUUCACUGUCAGCUACCGACUGUAUGAGGAGGACUCGACACGGGAACUUCAAGAUGAUUCUGGCCUGCAGAUUUUCAAUGUACCUUGGGAUGUGGAUGUGACUGACCCAGUCACCAUAUCUUUGCCAUUCACCAAACUGGAAAAUGUCAUAGAAGUAACCCUCACCAACUUGAAUGUGCCUGAAAACAAGCAAGCAAUCUUUACUGCUGAAUUCCAUGGCUGUGUGAACUUACCGAUAAUUACACCCUCGAUAACAACGAUGCUCACAUCAACUACCUCCACAACAACCGCCCCAACAAGCACCACACCAGAGAUGUUGAACACAAUGCUGUCAUCAACUGUGACCACCACUACAGCAAAGGUCACAACCACAGAAGUUACCAGACAAACUGUGAAGGCAAUCACCGAACCUGAAAAAUUAUGCGACAAAGACCUGUCCAGGUUUGAUGGAACCACUGUGACAAGAUCCACUGAUCUUGGCACACUAGGUUCAAAUGAGCCAUGGAGACCAUCCGACCAGAAUCGCAGACUGACCAUUUCUUUCGAACCACCUGUGGUUGUUCAAUCACUGACUGCAGAGCAGGAUGAUGACUUUGAUUUCAUUGCAUUCUACAUUCUGCCCAGCUCAAACACUAGAAUUGUCAUCAAAGAUGCAAAUGGCAUAAAGACAUUUAGUGGUGGAGCAGACCAAGUAAGACAGUAUCUGCCUGAAGAUGUUGGAGAAAUUGGAGUGCUAGAACUCUUUUACCGAUCCACAAUCAGUGCAGAUCCACAAGAAAGUCCUGAAGUCAUGGUGAACCUUUUUGGCUGCUUUGAUCAUUUGACAACUACAGCAGUCACGACAACAGUGAGCAAACUUGAGACAAUGCCAGCAGAGGCUAAAUCUAGCACAAAACCGAGUGUGGAAAUAAAGACGACAACAGAGAGGGUUUCUGUGUCACCAACCCAGAAGGUCACUGUCACCGCAACAUCCAUUCCAGGCAGAGAAACCUCAACUGUUAAAGAGACUAUUACCUCAUCUGAAACUGUAACAGAGAGUGUCAUGGAGACAAAAGAAUUAGGUGUAACGACGUACACAGCAUCAACAACAGUGACAUCACAAAAACCAUUAACGACCACGCUUGGCAUUUGUAUGGAGAAUUUGGAGACAUCCCCAGCCUUCAUCGGCAUGGGUGUUGAGAGGACGACCUCCAUGCCAUAUAGAAAAGACCUCUCCAGCUUCAGGUUAACCGAUGUAUGGAUGCCAAGCAUAUCUGAUGGCACUGUACCCUUUGUGAGACUUGAGUCUGACCAUCCCCUCAGACUUAAUGCUCUGAAGAUGGCUGGUGAUGGCCAAGGAAAUGGUGUGACAAAAUUCCGCCUCAAGUACCUUCCAGCUGGUUCUCAAACAGAAGUAUAUUACACUGACAGCACUUCAGGAGAAAUCAAGACAUUUACUGGACGCCUGAUGACUACAAAAUCUGACAGCCCUGUGUUGGUAUAUCUGGACAAACCUACAGAGCCUGCUGAGUCUCUGACUAUAGAGAUUAUUGCAUAUCAGGGAACUCAACCUGCCCUCAGAGUAGACUUUUUUGGAUGUGCUGGACAUUCACUGACAACCACAAGAAAAUCCACAUUUGAGAGGAUCACAUCUCCACAACAGGUCAUAACAACUGUGACUGAAUCAAUCAAUAAUGUUGUCACAAGCACGAGGCAGACCGUCGAAUCAUUGGAAACUACAACUCAAGCCACCACUGAGGAGACACAGACACCACAUGUGGGUGUUACUAUAGCCCCUUCAGAGGAGGAGGGUGGUACCACCGAGACAACAACUACAACUGAGAGCACCACAACAGAAGCCACUGGGUGCAUGUACAAUGGCAGAAUGUACCAGUAUGGAGAAGAGCUGCCAUCACGUGACCCAUGUACCCGAAUGCUUUGUGAAUUGGGAUCUGGAAUCCUUGAAAUAAGGGAAGAGUGCGACCUCAGAUGUGAUGGAAAACUAAGGUACAUUGAGGAGCAAUGCUGCCCUGUGUGUGAAAAAGAAUCUAAGCAAUGUCUUCGGGAGAGCAGACUGGAAACACUGAGAAUUGGCAAUUGCAUCUCUGAAGACCCUGUGGAGUACACUUCCUGCACAGGUGGAUGCCCAUCCCGGGCAUUUGUCGACAUGUUACCAGGGAGUGCAGAGCUACGCAAUGAUUGCCAAUGCUGUCAACCUAUGAGCAUGGGUGUACGAGAGACUAGAAUGAACUGUGACGGUGUCAUACAGGAAUACAGCUACCAAGUCAUUGAAACCUGCAGCUGUACAAUCUGUACCUCCAGUCAACCUAACAAUCCUGACCAGUCAAACAAUUCCCCAAAUGGUCGAUAAAUUCUGAAUUUAACACUCUCAGGUACUGUGCACAGUAGUCACUAAUAGAUCUGAUGAUGCGGGUGUUUUGGUUUCUGUUUUGUUUCCCAUGCUUGCCUCCUGUCCCGCAGUUAUAUUUAUGUUUCAUUAUUUGAAUUGUUGUUUGUUUUGAUUUUGAAUGUUUAGAAUGCCAUCCAAAUAAAGAAUUGUCUUAGUAAUGGUAAAGGGAGAUUUUGCUUAAUUUGCCUUCAGUAGAUUGAAUAAAAAGACUACCUACAAAGCACAGUACUUCUGAAAGGCCAAAACAAGUAAAUGGAAAUGAGAAAUGCCACAGUACAAUUGAUUUUAACAAGGGUGUUUAACAAGGGUUUAAUUGUAAGUAGUUGAGUUUAAGAUCCUAUUGUUAUUGUAUUUUCCUGAAUAUAUUUUAUUGAAGUGUGCAACAUGAUUCCUUAUCAUGCUUAUCUAACAUACACAAAAUGUACUCUGCUUUGCGUAACUUUGCAUUAUUUUGCAUGUAGUAAAACAGAACAUCUUUGAACCAGCUGCCAAAACUCUUCAAAUAAAUACCAAGAAUGUUAAUAUCAAGAAUGAUAACCUCCCAAAGAAAAAUAUUAGUCAUUAUAAAUGAUGUCAUGCCUUAAUCCGAUCGUAUUCUCAUUUAUAAGAAAAGUUAAAUUCACCUCACAGUGUUCUACUUACAUGUUCUUUUCAAGUUACUGGUACUUUGGAGAUGAAACCCUGCAAAUUAUACAGGGAACUAAAAUGUGUCACACAUACUUCUUGUAUACCUUAUGGGCAAAAUUCAGAUACUGAAGGGCAAUGAUCAGAUUGCACUUGCUUCUUUUUUUUUCUCUCUCUUCUUUUUCCCUUUCUCCCACAAUAUUAUAUGGUCAGGAUUGCUCUGCAAAUGUAAUCCUAAUGCCACAGUUUAGAGCCAAACAUUCUUCAUUUUAAUACCAUAUGUAAUGACAAUGUGUCUUUUGACAAGUCUUUUGUUUUAGAGAUUAUAAGAGUCUUGCAUGCAUGUUUUAAGCGUUAACUCCAGACUUAAGUCUCUGUGUUUACCUUUAACUGCAUUUCAAAUUAAUUUUCUUAUUUCAAUAAAUGAAUCAUUUUUCUCUGUGUGUCUAAUGCACGUGGACACAGCCUAAUCAAACAUACAAACAAAUUAGAUUACCUGCAUUUGAGGAUAAUAAAAAAUGAUGUUUAUUGUUAAGGCAGCUGUCGCUUUUGAAAUCAAAUUAAAACACCAGAUCAUUAUCAAACAGAUUUAAUGUAAUGUGCAUUUGCAACAUUAAUGAUACAAUUCACCUCUGUACCGGUAUGGAAGACUUUUAAAAAUUUCCUAUUACAUUAAUUUAAAUUGUAGAAAGUAUAAUAAACUCCCUUUUGCUUUAUUUCUAGAGGCAAGCAAAUAAACUCUCUUUGCAGCUUAAAAUAAA